AUGUUUUCAGUUGAAAGCAAUUAUCGACUAUCAAAACGUCCACAAACUGGAGGCGUAGUGACAAAUUCACAUUCUAUGUUACCAGUUCGUAUACUGAGUGCUCGAAUACCAUCUAAACCAAUGAUAUCUCGAAAAUUUCGUUUACCAUAUGAACAUAUUGUGAAACAAGUAACACAUGAACAUAUCUUAGAAAAAGGAACAGGUUUGACAUUUGAACAAAUGAGAUAUUUAGAUAAAACGCAAAAAAAAACAACUGCAUCUAGUGAUGUCGGUGAUCAAAUUCUCACACAUAUAAAACGUGAUACGGAUAUUCAAAUUAAACAAACUUAUGAAAAAUUAAUUCAAGCAGAACGUUCUCGCUUAGAAGAGGAAUAUCAAUUGAAAACAAAUCAAUUGAACUUGAAAUGGAAAGAGCAAUUGGAAACAGAAAAACAUACAUUACAAGAGGAGUUCAAUAAUUUAUUGACUAAUAUUGAUCAGAAACGUCAUGAAACUAAUAGAGAAAAGGAAAAAGAAUUAAUCAGACGAAUGAAAGAUGAAUCAGAAGCUGCUCUAGCCCGUCAAUGGCAAUUGGCCAAUGAACGUUUAUCAAAAGCUGUUGAAGAUACUGAACGACGUACACAAAGAUUAAUGGAAUUGCAAUUUAUUCAAGAGAAACAAAAUGUUAUUGAUGAAACUGUUGCCAAAAUGGAGAUUGAAUACAGUCAAAGAGAGCGUAUUGCAUUACAAACAUUGAAACAAGAAUUGGAAGAAAAACAUCAACUUCAAAUUCGAGAAAUAGAUGAAAGUCAUAAAAAACAAAUAGAUGAAUGGAAAACGAAAAAUAAAUUAACUGAAAAAAAAUUUCAUCAAGAAUUUAACGAUCGUGUUCGAUUAGAAAGUGAUUUUAGAUUAUUACAAACAGAUUAUAAACGUUUCAUGGAUUAUACUAAUUUUUUUCACUCUGAUUAUUUAUUGAAAUUACAUCAUGUUGGUCAACAGUUAACAUCAAAAAAGAUUUGUGAUACAAAAUUUGAACAAAUUCUAGAUCGUAUAUUAAAUGAACUAAAUCAAACAUCAUCAACAACAUUGCCGUCGAAUUAUUCAAGAAGCUCUUCUCUAAAAGUUUCAAAAUGUUCGUUAAAUAUACGUGAUAAUUAA